AUGGAAUCAGAACAACCGGUAGCACUCGCGCCGCCAAAGCGAGCCAUGGAGGAUGCGAAUAGCCCAGCAUCGGCCGCAACGCCCGCACGCAUGUCCACCCCGCCCCCGCCGUCCGAUCGUGGCCGCUUGGAGGCGCGCCUCACGGCCAGCGAUGUAGCCGGAGGCAACGCCAAAAGCGUCCGCCACGGUGGCAGGAUGGCCCCCAGCGGCGUCGACGCCGAUAUCCUGUCGAGAGCCCUGUCGAGGGAACUAUCCGCAGAUCGUCGAGACAGCACUCCGGGCGCGAGUCCGAGCAGGAAACGUCAAAGGAUAAACGGCGACAGGUUCAUACCGUCGCGCUCAGGGCAAGACCUACAUGCGAGCUUCAGCCUGCUGCAUGAUGAGGGCUCGCCAGCUACUCCUUCCCGCCAGAAGAAGCGCACUCCUCAUGGUGAGCUUCACUUCCAGAGGACAGAAGAGGCCAACCGGACAUUUUCCACCUUGCUGCGGUCUGAGCUAUUCGAAAACACCAUACCGCAAGCAGCUUCGUCUGCUCGCUCGCCAGACGGGAAUGCCCCAGGUUCUAACCACUCCACGCGCGUUCACGACCCUACAAGGUCCCAUACCCCCCCUAAUAAUCAGCCACCUUCACUUCCAUCGUCAUUUACGCCCUCAACGCCCCACAAGAACCUCUUCUCAUACAUGUCCCCGCGGCAUCACACCAACAUUGCCGGCCACCCGACACCAUCAAGGACCCCCCAGAGCCGGCACGGGCCAAAUCUCGACACGAGGUCAGAGAUCUAUAGCUUGUCGCCAGUUCGAUUCGGCAGCCAACAGAUGCUAUUGAGUCCCAGGCGGCAACCGCGGGCUGUUUCCAAGGUGCCCUACAAAGUCCUGGAUGCCCCAGAGCUCGCAGAUGACUUCUACCUGAAUUUAGUCGAUUGGGGAAGCGCUAACGUCCUCGGCGUCGGUCUUGGAUCUAGCGUCUAUAUGUGGAAUGCGCAGACAAGCAGGGUUAACAAGCUCUGCACCCUAGAGGACGACACCGUCACGAGUGUAUCGUGGAUACAAAAGGGUACACACCUUGCCAUAGGCACAGGCAAGGGCCUCGUACAAAUCUGGGAUGCUGAGAGGACACGACGUCUGAGGACUAUGACAGGACACACGGCCCGUGUCGGCUCACUCGCGUGGAAUACCCAUAUUCUGACUUCGGGGUCACGGGAUCGCCUUAUAUACCACCGCGACGUUCGCGCUCCUGAUCAAUGGAUGCGCAAGCUCGUGGGCCACAAACAGGAGGUAUGUGGGUUGAAGUGGAACUGCGACGACGGACAGCUCGCCAGCGGUGGCAACGAUAACAAGCUUAUGGUCUGGGACAAACUCUCGGAUACGCCGCUGUGGAAGUUCUCGGAUCAUACAGCAGCCGUCAAGGCCAUCGCCUGGUCCCCCCACCAGCGCGGCUUAUUGGCGUCCGGUGGUGGUACAGCCGAUCGGCGUAUCAUUUUCCAUGACACGGUCCGCGGCACUGUCAUUAACGAGGUCGACACAGGCAGUCAGGUCUGUAACCUAGCAUGGUCCAAGAACUCCAAUGAGAUUGUAUCGACACAUGGAUACAGCCAGAACCAGAUUGUCGUCUGGAAGUACCCGUCCAUGACGCAGGUCGCCAGUCUAACAGGUCAUACCUAUCGAGUACUCUAUCUGGCCAUGAGCCCCGACGGCCGCGUGGUGGUGACCGGCGCAGGCGACGAAACGCUCAGGUUCUGGACCGUCUUUGGAAGGAGACCCGGCGCCCGCGAAGACGCCGAUGGAGGAGGAGGGGGACGGCUUGCGGACUGGGGGGUCAUCCGUUGA